AUGGCCCUCGACAACUUCUACCACAACAAAAUCGAAGCUCUCAAGCUUGAGAUCCUCCAAGGUCAAGCGGUGUUACGCCGAUUAGAAGCACAACGAAAUGAUUACAACUCAAGAGUACGACUUCUACGAGAGGAGUUGGGUCUACUCCAGCAACCCGGCUCCUACGUGGGUGAGGUCGUGAAGGUCAUGGGGACCAAGAAAGUGCUGGUCAAGGUACACCCCGAAGGCAAAUAUGUUGUCGAUAUCGCCGACAGCGUCGACAUCUCCAAAUUGACCGUGGGAAAGAGAGUCUCCCUUCUCUCGGACUCUUACAAACUCGAAAAGAUGCUCCCCUCAUCCGUCGAUCCUCUAGUUUCCUUGAUGAUGGUUGAAAAGGUUCCGGACAGCACAUAUGAUAUGAUCGGUGGGCUUGAUCAGCAAAUCAAAGAGAUCAAGGAAGUCAUCGAACUGGGCUUGAAUCACCCGGAACUUUUCGAGUCGCUCGGGAUCGCUCAGCCCAAGGGUGUCCUUCUCUAUGGACCGCCAGGAACAGGCAAGACACUUUUGGCACGAGCUGUGGCUCAUCAUGCCGACUGCAAAUUCAUCAGAGUGUCAGGAUCGGAACUGGUACAGAAAUACAUUGGCGAAGGGAGCAGAAUGGUGCGAGAACUUUUCGUCAUGGCCAGAGAACAUGCACCCAGCAUUAUUUUCAUGGACGAAAUCGACAGCAUUGGCUCCAGCCGUGUGGAGGGCAGCAGCGGUGGAGACUCCGAGGUACAACGCACCAUGUUGGAACUGCUGAACCAGCUUGACGGCUUUGAACCGACCAACAACAUUAAAGUCAUCAUGGCAACGAAUCGACUUGAUAUAUUAGACCCUGCCCUGCUUCGACCAGGUCGUAUUGAUCGCAAGAUCGAGUUCCCGCCGCCAACUGUCGAGGCCAGAGCCGACAUCCUGCGAAUCCACUCCCGGAGCAUGAACUUGACCAGAGGAAUUGACCUGAAGAAGAUUGCUGAAAAGAUGAACGGUUGCUCCGGCGCCGAACUCAAGGGUGUGUGUACCGAGGCGGGUAUGUUUGCGUUACGAGAAAGGAGAGUCCACGUCACGCAAGAAGAUUUUGACCUGGCCACGGCCAAAGUCCUCAACAAGCACGAUGACAAGGAGGUGUCACUGGGCAAGUUAUGGAAGUGA